CACAAGUCUCCACAGACCAUAAAAUUUCACUAUAAUUAACAUGGAAAAUAAUAAUCACUACUCUUCUCCUCAUCAUCCUUGCGCAGCGUGCAAGAUCCUCCGUCGUCGAUGUGUAGAGAAAUGUGUGUUGGCACCUUACUUUCCUCCCACCGACCCACUCAAGUUCACCAUUGCUCAUAGAGUCUUUGGAGCUAGCAACAUAAUCAAAAUACUCAAGGAACUCCCAGACGAUCAAAGAGCAGAUGCAGUGAAUAGCAUGGUGUAUGAGGCAAAUGCAAGGAUCAGAGAUCCAGUAUAUGGUUGCGCCGCUAUAAUUUGUCAGUUACAGAAACAAAUAAGUGAGCUUCAAGCAGAUCUUGUCAAGGCUCAAGUAGAGAUCUUGAAUGUGCAGGGUCAAAACACCAAUUUGGUGGCAUUAAUUUGCACACAAAAUCGCAAAAAUAAUAGCACUACCGAGUCUCCUGAUCAUCAACGACCUUAUGGAAAUUCCACUACUUCUUUGGAAGACAACAAUGUAUAUGCAGCUUGGAAACCAGUUUGGACAUGAAAAAAGAAGAAGUUGAAAUACUGGAACUUGGAGU